CAAAGAGCGCCGUGCGUUCGUGAUGUUUGAUUGCUUUAGUGUUGAUCAGAGUCAGAUGCAUUUUCACUUCCUCUUGAGACAGACGACUAAUUGUUUAAAAUUGUUCAAACGAUCCGCUUCUCAUUCCGCAAUGGAUAUAAGAUUCGAUGGAAAAAGAGCUCUUGUUACGGGAGCAGGAAAGGGCAUUGGAAGAGCUUUAACACUAAAAUUAGUGGAAGGUGGAGCUGAAGUUAUUGCCGUCAGCAGAACUCAAUCAGAUUUGGACUCUCUUAAAACAGUGAGCUCAAAAAUCUACCCUCUAUGCCUGGACAUUGGUAAUUGGGAUGCCACUAAGGCUUCCAUUUCAGAAGUACUCCCAGUGGACUUGUUGGUGAACAACGCUGCCAUCAUGGACGUCCAAGAGUAUGGAGAACUCACGGAAGAAGACGUUGACCGAACCCUUAAUAUCAAUGUGAAGUCUGUUGUUAAUAUCACUCAGAUGGUUGUCAACGAUAUGAAAGCCAGAGGACAAGGUGGAUCAAUCGUAAAUGUUUCGAGCACCCUUGGGCUGUACGCUGCUCCAAGUUACGGUGUUUAUUGCGGCAGCAAAGGCGCAGUGCAUCAAUUGACACGAAGCAUGGCUGUGGAGUUUGGGCCGCAUAAGAUUCGAGUCAACUCCGUGAAUCCAACUGCCGUACGCACUCGCAUGGCAGAAAAAGAAGGUCUUUUUGAUCCUAACAACGCGUUUGCUCGUCAGUUAAUACAGCGAACCCCACUUCGUAGAUUUGCUGAAGUGGAAGAUGUGGUAAAUUCAAUAUUAUUCCUUCUAAGCGAUAAAGCUUCCAUGGUUACUGGCAUCGCCAUGGUAAUUGAUGGUGGUCUAUCUGUGAGCUAUACAUAAAAAAAAAAAAGAAUCCGGGAAUUUGUUUUUUGUAAAAACAUACAUUGUUAUUUUUCUCUUUUUAUAUGUUUUCAAUUUUAAUGUGAAAUUGUGCAUUUUCAGAAAAACUAUACCACUUAAGUUGUUUACAAUUAAUUUAGUGUAAAAAAUUUAAUAAAAACGUUCUCUCUGUAGA